UUAAUCCGUUUUUAUCCCAAGAGGAGGGAUGGUACUGUAGUUUGUUUUUGUGCAUCAUUUACAAUUGUUAGUUUACAUAAUAAUUUUUUAGUUUCAGGUUCUGAACGUUGGUCUGCUCAGUGCUUUCAAUAACACCAGUCUCACAAACUAUAUUGGCUGGAGGCAAACCGCUGGAGCUGUUGGUGUAGCUUGGGAUAAAAUUGAGGACGAUCAGAUUUUACCAGGCUAUACCUUGAACCUGACUUGGGUGAUGGCAGACUGCUACGAACCCGCAGAUGCUGGCUCGGUGAUAGAUUGGAUUGAUAACGGUGUCGAUGUCGUCUUAGGGCCUGCUUGCUCCGCAUCAGCACUGGUAUCUGGAAUAGUGGCAAAACAUUACAAUUUCCCCAUUGUUGUGUGGGCUAGCAUGUUUACGUCAGCACUGCUAAACAAUGACGAAUACCCAACGGAAAAAUUUUAG